GGCUAAAAUUCCAGUAUAAUGACUGUAACUCUGGAGGGAAGACCCAUCAGCACAUAGCCUUUUGGGGUUAUUUAUACCUCGCCGAGGUCUAUCUAAUACACAUGCUCCGAACUUGAAAGCGGCUUGACGGUACAAACCGUUCCAUUGUCAGACCUCCGUAGGAUUCUUAGUUAUCACAAAAUCGAGCCUAACCAUAUGCUGAUCAUCCAAGGGCCAUGGGAAAAAAGGAAAAGUUGUCUUUUAAGCAUAUGACAGUAGACAGAUGAGCAUCUAAUGAGAAAAAUUAUUUUUUCAUUUUUGAAUAAAUUUUGUUUUUUCCGUAGUGGUGCAAAUAAACAUCGGGUAAAUUAUUUUUUUUUGAGCGCAGAGCACAUAACAUGAUAAGAAUUACAAUAUUACUAUAUCGCAAAUAUGCGUUGUAUAGUUGCAUCUUCAAAUAAUUAUAUCAAAUGACGAUUCCAAUAAUAUUAUGUUCAUGUCACGGAACUCUGAUUAGCAUGAACAGUGCUGACUAUUAGAAAUUUAGAAUACACAAAUAAGUAAAAAACGAGUGAUGCUUUUCCAAUGUGUAUGUGAAUGAGAUUUUCGUGACAUUACCAUAAUAUUAUUAGAAUCAUCAUUUGAUAUAAUUGUAUAAAGUUGAAACUUAUACAAUGCAUAUUUGCGAUAUUGAUUAAAUUUAUUUAUUUAAACUUUUAGAAAAAUACAGGCGAAUUUGCAUCUGCUUGAAAGCUGUUUGUUAAGUUUUGUGUUCACACUGUUGGGGAUACCUUGACUGUAGAGUAACUCAAAGUAUAGGGAUCAUUUUGAUUAUACUGUUGUCGUUAAUAAAUCAUUUUGAUUUUUUAUCUUAAGAAACAUUUUUGGAAUUCGUUAGUACGAAAGGAUGAUUUAUGUAAAAUAUUAAGGUUUUCCAGAAGUCUUAUCCUGUUAUGUACUCGGUGCUCAAAAAAUAAUUUAUCCGAUGUUCAUUUGUACUAUUAAGAAAAAAAACAAUUUAUUCAAUAAUGAUAAAUAAUUUUUUUCAUUAGGUGCUCAUCUGUCUACUAUCGUGUGCUAGAAAAAUUGGCAUCAUGAAAAAGAAGCUCUAGCAUCAAUAAAAGUACUGAACAAUCUGAACUACUUUUGAGUUUUAUUUAUUUUUAUUUUUGCAAACUAGGACAGCAGAGUUUGGAAAAUCAUUUUCUGCUGCUGAAUGUUUCAUUAAUUUAUUUGAAAGAAAACCUUUAAUUGAUAAUAGUUCAACUAAUGGAAAAAAACUCGUAAUUAUUAUAUAAUAUUUGUUUACUUAUUUAUGGUGUGAUAUUGAUCUUGAUUUCUAUUUUUGAAGGACAAUUUUAAGGGUAAAUUAGAAUUUAACAGAGUCAGUUUUGUUUAUCCAACACGGCCAAAUAGAAUUGUAUUGAGACAAUUUAGUUUACAAAUCAACCCCGGUCCAAGUGGUUCCGGAAAAUCUACAACGGUUCAAUUACUAGAAAGAUUUUAUGAUGUUGUAAAAGGACAUGUGAUUAUUGUCUGUGGAAUAAAUUGCGACAAAAUAUCGUCAAAAUCAGCACUAAUUGACGAGUUAGAACGUGGUGUCAAAAAAAGAGAGAAGAAGUUAUUUUAG